AUGGCUGGUCGACUGAUAGCAGACGAUUCAGAUGAAGAAUUUCAAGAAACUCAAUAUGCUAAAUUACAAAAUAAUUAUAGACAUGCACGUGAAGAUCAACGUGAAUAUAGUAUUGAAAAAAAUGAUCAAUUACGAAUUCAAAAAAAAACACUUCAACAAUUAAUAGCCGAACGUGAUGAAUUAGAUAAAACAUUUCGUUUAGCUGAAAGUAUUGAAAAUCAAAAACGUGAUGAAGAAAAAACAAAAAAAUUACAAGGAAUUAUUCAAACAAAAGAUGAACUUCAAAAUAGCAUACAAAAUGAAAAGUCAACAACAUCAGAACUUGAUAUUAAAAUACGUGAGUGGGAGAAAAAAAUUCGUCAAAAACAAGCAGAAACUGGUGGUGCCAAUGCUUCAAUUACAUUCAAUGCAAAUGUUCGUAAACAAGAACGUGUAUUAGAAAAUCGAUUAGAUACAGCUUUAAAACGAUUUAAUUCUUUACUUGCAGCAAAUAGUUUAUUACGAUCUGAAAUUGAUAAUUUACGAAAUGAAAGAGAACGUUACGAAGAUUUAUCACAAUCAUCUGAGAAUGAACUUAAAAAUUUACGUUCUCAAUUAGUUGAAUGUAUUGAUCAUUCAGUUAUCGCAUAUGAACAACGUAAAGAUGCAAAUGCCAAGGCAGUAAUGCUUCAAAAUAAAGCUGAAACUGAUAAAAUUGCUGCUGAGGCUGAAAUGCGUGAACUUGAACGGCAAAUUUCACAUGAUCGUAAAUUACGUGAUUUUAUGAAACUUAAAGCACAAGAACGACAAGAAGAUGAAGAACUUGUUACAUAUCGAAAACGAAAAGAAGCUGAAUCAGCGGAGAAACGUCGUAAAGAUAAAGAAGAACAUUCUGUUCAAGCAUAUGAAACUAAAUUUAGAUUAAUUCAAGAAAUAAGUGGUGAAUCAGAUUUACGAAAACUUGUUGAUAAAUUUAUUGAAGUUGAAGAUAAAAAUUUUGCUUUAUUUAAUUAUGUCAAUGAAUUAAAUAAUCAAAUUGAAAGUUUACAAGAAGAAAUACUUGAUACGAAAAAUAGAAUUUCUGAUUUUCGAAAUCAAAGUGUUGAAUUAGAAGAUGAACAUAGAAAAAAAAUUAAAGAACUUGAACAAAAACGAUCACACGCAAUAACAUUAGCAAAUGAAUAUGAAGAAAAAACACAAAUUACAAAGAAAAUUCUUGAUCAAUGUCGAUCAAGCAUUGAUUCAUUAUUUACAAAAAUUGGUUGUGAUCGCCAAUUAAUUGAACAUUUAUUACAAAGUCAUGAAGGUGUUACGGAAGAUAAUGUAUUACGAUUUUUAGGUAUUAUUGAAGAGAGAACAAAUGAAUUACUUACAGCACAAGCAGCUAUUAGUGCAAAAGAACAAAAUAUUCCAUUACGUGAACGUGCACCAAAUCUUAUUGGUGAUGGUCCAUCUGGACCACCACCCAUUGUUCCCAUUCAUCUUCCAAACACAGAAGAUCGUCGUGAUUAUGAAGAUAGAGAAGGAAGAACAGAAGAAGAACUUAAACCAUUAACACGUGAAGAAUUAAAACAACGUGCAAUUGAUCAUGUUAGAAAUUUAGAAAAACGAGCUUUACAAAACGAACAAAGUAAAUAUUCGGAUUUAGCACCAACAUCACGUGAAAAAGGUACCACUGGAACAUCAAGAAUCGAUAGUGGUGGGGAAACGGAAAAAACGUCAACUGCUCGAGGACGCUGA